AUGGAAAACUCAGAUUCCGACGAUGACGAAAAUGAAUCCGCAGCCCGCCGCAGAAGUCAGAUGGACCGACUACUUCGGGAAGAAGCUUUCUACCGAUUUGUCGAUAGUUUGAGCGUCGAAGAUUACAGGCUUAUGAGGGAUAACAAUUUGUUAGGCAUCCCAGGUGAAACUACUGAAGAAGAGUUGCAGGAAAGACUACAAGAAAUUAAAGAGGCCCCGCCACAGGAAGACUCAGGUAAAAAUUGAAGUGGAGACUCUUCAGAGGAAGUGUCUAACAGUGACUCUGUUUUAGACUGGCUUAAUGCACUUCGACAAACUGAAAAUAUGACAAGAAGUGGACAAACAAGAAAUGAAUCUUGGAGAGUAGUAAGCCAGACUGAUCCUAACAGUGGGGAUUUCAGAUUCAGUUUAGAAAUAAGUUUUAACCGUAAUCGGAGCCCAAAUCCAGAGAAUGAAUAUGCACCAUCUGCAAGAUAUUCCAGUGGAGAAAAUAUGGAAAAUAACAGCCAAAGGCAGGUGAGAAAUCCAGCACCUGAAUCAACACCUCCAUGGCAGUCUAGAGCUGAACUAAGUGCAUCAUCAACAGGAGAACCCAUACCUGUCUGCCUUAGAAGACAGAGAAGACCGAGAAGCAGGAGCCCAGAGCAUCGGAGGACCAGAGCAAGAGUUGAAAGUGGGUCACCUGUGAAUCCAGGGAGUGAAGUUUCACGAAGAUCUCAUCAUAUUACUUCGUCUCAGACGUCUGAGCAUCCUCUAGUCAAUGAGACUGAGAUUUUUUCUAGAACUCAGCAUCAUGAAACACCAAGAGAGCAAAUAACUGGAACUGAGUUCCAAAGUAGGGGCCUUUUUACAACUUCUGGAGCAAGGGAUGCCUCUCAAGGAGAAAGUUCUCCAGAUACAACCAGCAAUGAAGAAUCUUCGAUAUCAGAACAGAGAAACCCAACCAUACUCUUAGAUCUUGAAGUAAGAAGAGUUUAUCCUGAAGAAUAUUUGCAGACAGACAGCAUAGCUAGUAGAGCUCCAUUAACAUCUCAGGCACCAAGCAAUGACAUCACUUAUGAAGGUGAACAAGAAGUUUUCAGGCAUACGUUUUCACAAUCUGAGCAGCCAGGUGUGAGAACUUAUGUCAGUACAAUCAGAAUCCCCAUUCAUAGUGCUUCAAAUACUGAUUUAAAUGAUACUACUACACCUGUUGCAAUUCAGAGCACAUUAAGGCAGGUAAUGACAGGAUUCGAUGAGUCAAACGAGUUUAUGCAGAGUGAUCCUAAUUUAGAAUAUGGUGGCUCAUCUCCCAGUCAAAAUACAGAACAUGCACAGUCAGAGAAUGGAAGCGGUGGUGGUUCUGAUCGUAUUAGCCAUGCUGGUUCCAGUUACAGUCCAAGUGUUAUAUCAGUUCCCAGCCCAAACUCCAGUUAUGCUCACAGUUCAAGUUCUAGCCCAAUAUCCAGUUCUAGUGAAGAAAUUAGCUCAGAGUUGUUUGAAGGCAGUAAUGAAGGUAGUGCAACAUCAGGGUCUUCAUCAGAGGCCAGGCAAGGGGGUCAAGAUGGGUCCCCAUCAAUAUGGGAUGAAAAUGACCCUUGGCCUUUUCUUAACCUUGCUGAAUUUUUCCACCUAAAUGAAAGUCAUCAGGAUCAACCUACAGGACUCACCAAAGAACAGAUUGACACCUUGGAAAUGCGAAGCUUCGGUGGACCCGAUGCACUGAAGUCCUGUAGCAUUUGUAUCACAGACUACACGGAGGGCACCAAGCUUCGCAUACUGCCUUGCUCCCACGACUAUCAUCUCCAUUGUAUCGAUCGCUGGCUGGCUGAAAACACUACCUGUCCAAUUUGUCGAAGAGAAGUCAUAGUUUCUGGUGAUGGAGAAAAUUUUGAGAUUUGAACUCUCAGCUCUAUAGGCUGGUAUAAUGAUGGACAAAUAGCAAUCACUUGCCUUUUGUCCAUUUUUUGAGUGACACCUGAAGUAACAACCUGGAUGGA